AUGGGUGACAGCAGCGUCAUUGAAGAGCCAGACAAAUAUGAACACUACAAUUAUGAUGAGGAUAAAAUAGCUGGAUCGAAAGGCGGUAAAAACAGGACUAAGAAAGAUGCUGAUGAACAUCACAAGAAGUCGGAGAAUAGAGCAAAUCGAGUUCACAUAGAUCAUCAGGUUAACAACGAAGAAAAACAACGCGAGCAAAAUCUUAAGCAUAGUUCGGAUGCUAGUACGUAA